UUCUCCGUAGUUCCGGUUCCGCUCACGCUUGCGCCCCCGUUGCAUCAUUUCCCUUCCACAACCACCUGGCUGAGUAUUUCGCCGGCUGAUGAACAUACACCAUGGUGGAACGAGUCCCGGAAUUUAUUCACUUCCCGACCGAGGAAGAGCGAAUCCUUCAGCUAUGGAAGGACAAGGAUUGUUUUCAGGAGUGUCUGAAACAAUCCAAGAACAGGCCAAGGUACACUUUCUAUGAUGGACCGCCUUUCGCCACUGGUCUCCCUCAUUAUGGGCACAUUUUGGCUGGCACCAUCAAAGAUAUCGUCACUCGGUUUGCCCAUCAGAGUGGCUUUCACGUGGACCGGAGGUUUGGAUGGGACUGUCACGGAUUGCCUGUGGAAUAUGAGAUCGAUAAAACCCUUGACAUCAAAGGGCCAGAGGAUGUUGCUAAGAUGGGAAUUGCAGAGUACAAUAAGCAGUGCCGGGGUAUUGUGAUGAGAUAUGCUAAUGAAUGGGAGACAUCUAUAACCCGAAUGGGACGCUGGAUUGAUUUUAAGAAUGACUACAAAACUCUCUACCCCACUUUCAUGGAAACAGUUUGGUGGGUCUUCAAGCAGCUGUAUGACAAGGGCCUGGUCUACAGAGGAGUGAAGGUCAUGCCCUUCUCCACUGCCUGCAACACCCCUCUGUCCAACUUUGAGUCCCACCAGAACUACAAGGAUGUGCAAGACCCGUCUGUGAUCGUCAACUUCCCCCUGGAGGAGGAUGAGAAUGUGUGCCUGAUAGCCUGGACCACCACCCCGUGGACCCUGCCCAGUAACCUGGCCCUUUGCGUCAACCCAGAGUUCCUGUACGUCAAGGUUAAAGACAAUGCCACGGAGAAGGUCUACGUGAUGAUGGAGGCUCGGCUCGGGGCACUCUUCAAGGCCGAGGACGAGUACACGGUGCUGGAGAAGUUCCCUGGCAAGAACCUGAAAGGGAAGAAGUACAAACCGCUCUUUGAAUACUUCGUAAAGUGCAAAGAGACCGGGGCCUUCUCUGUGGUGACUGACAACUAUGUCCGUGAGGAGGAGGGUACUGGGGUCGUCCACCAGGCCCCCUAUUUCGGAGCUGAUGACUACAGGGUCUGCACCGAUUACGGCAUCAUCCAGAAAGACUCCGCCCCCAUCUGCCCGGUAGACUCCUCGGGAUGCUUCAUGGCGGAGGUCACGGACUUCGCGGGACAGUAUGUGAAGGACGCUGACAAGAACAUCAUCAAGCAGCUGAAGGAGAAGGGCCGCCUGGUCAACGCCAGCUCCUUCAAGCACAGCUACCCCUUCUGCUGGAGGUCGGACACCCCUCUGAUCUACAAGGCUGUGCCUAGCUGGUUCGUCCGAGUGGAGCACAUGGUGGACAAGCUUCUGGACAACAAUGGAAAGUGCUACUGGGUCCCUGAGUUUGUGCGCGAGAAGCGUUUCGGUAACUGGCUCAGGGACGCGCGUGAUUGGGCCGUGUCCAGGAACCGCUACUGGGGCACUCCCAUUCCGCUGUGGGUCAGCCAUGACUUUGAGGAGGUGGUGUGUGUGGGGUCACUGUCUGAGCUGGAGGAGCUCACAGGAGUGAAGGUAACCGAUCUUCACCGGGAAAGCAUCGACCACCUGACCAUCCCGUCGCGCUGUGGGAAGGGCGAGCUGCGCAGGGUGGUGGAGGUGUUCGACUGCUGGUUCGAGAGCGGGAGCAUGCCCUACGCCCAGGUGCACUACCCCUUCGAGAACCGCCGGGAGUUCGAGGACACCUUCCCCGCCGACUUCAUCGCAGAGGGCAUCGACCAGACCAGGGGAUGGUUUUACACACUGCUGGUACUGUCCACAGCCCUCUUCGGCAAACCACCAUUCAAAAACGUGAUUGUCAACGGCCUAGUUCUUGCGAGUGAUGGACAGAAGAUGAGCAAACGCAAGAAGAAUUACCCGGAUCCUGGGCUUAUCGUGAAGAAUUAUGGAGCAGAUGCCCUGAGGCUGUACCUGAUCAACUCCCCCGUGGUGCGGGCGGAGAACCUGCGCUUCAAAGAGGAGGGGGUGCGGGACGUGCUGAAGGACGUCUUCCUGCCCUGGUACAACGCCUACCGCUUCCUGGUGCAGAACGUGCAGAGGCUGCAGAAGGAAGAGGACGUUGAGUUUCGGUACAGCGAGAGCACGGCCAAGCCGAGCGACAACAUCAUGGAUAAAUGGAUCCAGUCUUUCACCCAGUCGCUCAUCCAGUUUUUCAGGGCUGAGAUGGAUGCUUACAGGUUGUACACUGUGGUGCCGAAGCUGGUCAAGUUCGUGGACAUGCUCACCAACUGGUACGUGCGGACCAACCGCAGGAGACUGAAGGGGGAGCACGGCAUGGAGGACUGCCUGUGGGCCCUGGAGACCCUGUUCAGCGUGCUCUUCUCCAUGUGCAGGCUGAUGGCUCCCUUCACCCCCUUCAUCACUGAGAUGAUGUACCAGAACCUCAGGCACCUGAUUGACCCAGCUUCCCUGGACAAGGAUUCCAGCAGCAUUCACUACCUAAUGCUUCCCCAAGUCAGAGAGUCCUUGAUUGACAAGCGCAUCGAGAGUGCGGUGUGUCAGAUGCAGUCGGUCAUCGAGCUGGGCCGCGUUAUUCGGGACCGAAAGACCCUGCCCGUCAAGUAUCCCCUGAAGGAGGUGGUGGUUAUCCAUCAGGACCCAGAGGCACUGAAAGACAUCCAGGCCUUGCAGAAGUACAUUCUGGAGGAGCUUAAUGUUCGCGAGCUUACCCUAUCUACCGAAAAAGACAAGUACGGCAUCAGAUUGAGGGCGGAGCCUGACCACAUGGUGUUGGGCAAGCGUCUUAAGGGGGCCUUCAAGCCCGUAAUGGCUGCCAUCAAGGAGCUGAAGAGCGAGCAGCUGGAGACCUUCCAGAAGACAGGAUCCAUUGUAGUGGAUGGGCAUGAACUUCAUGAAGAAGACCUGCGUCUGAUUUACACUUUUGAUCAGACCUCUGGAAGAGCUGCUCAGUAUGAGGCCCACUCAGAUGCACAGGUCCUGGUUCUGCUUGACAUUACUCCUGACCAGUCGAUGGUGGAUGAGGGUGUGGCCCGUGAAGUCAUCAAUCGUAUCCAGAAACUCCGCAAAAAGGGGCACCUUGUUCCCUCCGAUGAGAUAACGGUGUACUACAGUUCUCAGCCUGCCGGGGAGUACCUGGACAGGGUGAUCCAGGCCCACACUGACUUCAUCCUGGCUACCAUCAAAGCCCCACUGACUCCCUCUCCAGUGGCCAAAAACACCACUGUUAUUGUGCAGGAGAAAACCCAGCUGAAGGGCUCUGAGCUGGACCUGACCAUCGUGAAGGGAGCUCCUGACUCCCCUCUCUCAGGACCCGCCUGUGCCUACGUCAAUCUCAAGGUCAAGCUGAACAACAAGGAGCAAGAGGGAGUCGUCCUGCUGGAGAACCCUAAAGGGGAUAACCAGCUGAACGUGCCCAGGCUGAAGCUGGUCUGCUCCAGUAUCUUUGAUGCUCGCAACACACAGCUGUCUGUGUUCAGCGGGAAGACGGAGUUGACCGGCACAGCGGACCUGAUGAGCCUGAAUGGACAGACUCUGUCCGUCACCUCUGGGGGCGCUCCCCCGGACCCCCCCAGCCCAGACCCCCUGCUCUGCCCCUACAUCAACCUGCAGCUGCUCAACGGGGAGCCAGCAGAAUGCCAGAGUGGAACUGUGGGCACUAUACUGUUGGCGAACCCGGUGGGCCGGAACGGGCUGACACACGCUGGCCUCCUCAGUGAGGCGGCCAAGCUGUUUGGCCUGAGGGGCAGGAGACUGCACCUGUACCUGGACCAGGCCUUCAGUGAACAGAUCACUGAAAGCAUCCCAGUGAAGACUCUGAACACGAAGACGCUGUACAUUAGACUUUUACCCACUACAGCUGAAUCUUAAGGAUUUCAUCAAUUAGGAAGAAUUAUUGCCUUGUAGUUCCUUUCCUUUCCUUUCCUUUCAUUAGGGAGUUGAAUUUAAGUACUUAUCCCUCCCCGGUCAGUCCUGGAUCAUUGAAUACUUGAUAUUGUACUGUUCAUUUUAUAUCCUAAAGUAACUGUCUCAAGAAUCCUAGAAGGCAACUGUUUACAGAAGGACUUUUCAAGAUUUGAGAUGUGGCCAAAAAACUAAAAGAAAUAAAUUUAAAAAAGGCUCUCAGCCAUGUUUAGACUGCUGCUGUAAAGCACUUAAGAAAAUGGAAGUUUUCAGUAUGGUUAUGUGGAAUUCUUACUAUGGGCGAAUCAGGUUAGCCUUUCCAUGGUUUUUGGAGUGACCCUUCAACAUAAAGGGAAUUGUACUAUAAUGCUAUACUAUCUGGAGUUUAUUACUGAAUAAUUGGGAAUCUAACCACCCUCCGUAUAAGUUACAAAGCCAAAGCCAAAUUCAAAUCGGUCACCAGAUGUGGUGUCCCCAGGGUUGCCAUGGAUUCCAGUUCUGUGAAAGAAGAGAGCUUUGAAAUUUUCCUUCAUAGGAUAGAACAGGUGUCUGUGUUUUAGGAUGCUUCCUGUGGUGCAUUUUGGGAAGGGACUGGGGUUCAUUCAAAAGCUCCGGGAGCAAAACAGCGGUGUUUAUGUUCCACAAUGGUAAUGCAUAAUAAAACAAAAAAAUAAAACUUUUAAAUAUCAAA